AUGGCGUGCCUGUCCUCCUCGCCGUCCGGCCGGCGCCUGUCGGAGCUGCUGGAGGAGAGGCAGGAGCCCUUCUCCCUCGACCUCCACCUCCUGGAGAAGGGCUGCUCGGGCCGGCUCCUCGAUGGCUAUGACACCGCCAUGUGUUGGCCAGCCGCAGCCGCCGGCAACGACGCGGCGUCCGUGCUGAAGCGACUCACCAGCAAGAAGAAGAAGGCGGCACCCAGCUCCCGUGGUAAGAAGCGGCAGCAACAGCAACCGGCAGCAGGCUCCGGUCUCCUCCGGCUGCUGCUCUCCAAGAUCCUCCACGGCAAGGCGACCAACCAGAAGCCCGCCGCCCUGCAGUGCUCCGACUCCUUCAAGAGGGUCGCUCCGUCGCCGUUGCCUUGCUCCUCCAAGCAUCUCGACGCCCUGAAGCUCAGGGCCGACGCAGGGGUCGUCGGCGGCCAGGAGACGGAGUACUCCGACUCCGAAUACGACGACGAGAAGCAGCAGAGCCCGGUCUCCGUUUUGGAGCACCCGUUCGAGAGCUCUCCUGUUCACGGGCAGAGCAGGUUCUCCUACGUGCAAGACUCGCCCAAGAACGCCAUGGCCAUCGUCCGGGAGCUCCUCAUGGAGAUGGAGACGGCGUACACGCCUGCGCUGUGCACCCAGUUGUUCGCCAAGUCCGAGGACCUCGGCAUUGACGCCAACGAUCUUGUCGACCACGACGCCGACGACGACUACUACUAUCGCACGAGCCCUAAGAACUUCCAAGAGGAAGACGGGACCAGAGCCGCCGGAAGCCCCGCCACCGGCGCCGCCUACUGGGCGACGCACCGAGCGGAGCUGGCCAGGGUGUCUGAGCUAGUCUCCUCGGAGGUGCCAAAGUCGAGACUGGACGCCGCCAGCGUGCAGCCGGAGCGACGGGACGUCGGCGCCGACAUAGAGAACGCCUUGCUCGAUGCUUUGGUGCUGGAGCUCGUCAUGGAUCUCGGUGACUGCUAA